AUGUUACCAGCAGAUGUUGCCCGCUCACUGAGCCCUCAAUGGCCAUGCCGUGAGGUCCAGGUGCAGCAACUAGCCAGUCUUCUCAGUCCUCAUAUCCCUAGUCCUCCGACAGUAGUGGUUCACGGUAUCUCCGCAACCUGCAAAUCGACCAUCCUCCAGGCCGUCCUGUCGACCCUUGAAGUGCCGCACGCCAUUGUUCGUAGCACCGAGUGCAUUACCGCCCGACAUCUUUUGACAAAAAUUCUCUGGGGUAUACUAGAGGCCCUGGGCCAGAAGGACGAGUGGGAAAAAUUUGGCAAGGGAAGAUGUGAGCAUGUGAGCAUGCUCGCAGUUCUCUUGGAGGAAUGUCUGGCCGCAAGAACCGCCGAGCAGGCCGGCAAGUUUGUAUUGGUGUUGGAUGAAAUUGAUAGACAACGAGAGGCUCCGCCGACAUUGCUAUCUGCAUUGGCGCGUCUCGGAGAGAUUAUUCCAUCUCUUUGCGUUGUUCUGGUCCUCAGUUCUACUCCGCGACCAUUGUUUCUUCAGCAUUCAGCCGUCCCGCAUAUUAGUUUCCCUCCCUACACUCGCAAGGAUGCUAUCGACAUCAUGCUAAAUACGGGGGCACCCGUUGUUGACGGUCUGCCUGCUGAGACUUCCUCGAGGUUAUAUCCACAUUUUGUGUCUACGGUUUACGACUCGCUCGUUGGACCGACGGUUGGCUCGAUCCCCACGUUCCGAUCUAUAUGCGACCGACUCUGGCCUCAAUUUGUUGCUCCCGUGGUGAAAGGCGAAACUCCACCAGGCGGAAAUAACGAAUGGGACUUCUCGCGGCUACUGGUCAAAAACAGAGUGCUCUUUCGGCACCAGGGUGAAUCGGCACUGGUGCACCGCAUUGUCCCCGAGGAAGCACCUGCACCAGGCACGGCAUCUCGAACGCCGCUGGCUUCGACUGCCGCCCCCUCGUCACUUCCAUCUCUGCCGUACUUCUCCACAUUGAUCCUGACGUCCGCCUAUGUGGCCUCGCAUACCCCACAGCGCCUGGACACGAUCUUCUUUUCGAAAUUCUCUUCGUCAUCGCUCUCCGCACGUAACAAGCGCGCCCACCACCGCCGCCGCCUCAAGGUCCUUUCCCAAGCGCAGGCCGAAGACCGCCAAGCCGCCGCGGCCGACCCAUCCACCCCGAACAAGCGAGGCAAACGGUCCAAAACCCGCAUCACAAAAUCAACCCUGUCUUCCGCCUUCGCUACCUCCUCGGCCACCACAUCUGCCAUCGGCGGCGGCGCCGGCAUCACAGGCCCAUCCACCAUCCUCACGGCGCGUCCCUUCCCGCUGGAGCGAUUACUCGCCAUCUACCACGCCAUCGAUCCCAACCCACCCGCCAACCCGAUUCGCGUCGGCGCCGUCGCGGACCAGAUCUACGCGGAACUGGCUACGCUGCGUCGUCUUCGUCUCGUGGUUCCCGCCUCUAGUGCUGGCGCGGCCGCUAUGAGCAGUGGGAACACCAGUGCCGAUGCGGGUGAUAAGUGGUGUGUUAAUGUUUCUGGGGAUUGGAUUGGGGAGUUGGCUAAGGGGAUUGGGGUUGAAGUUGGGGAGUGGUUGGCUGGUGGCUUGGACUGA